UCCCGGGAACGAGGAAAGGCGGCUCCCGCGGGAGGCGGCGUUCCGGGGGCCAUGGGGAGCCGGCUCUGCCGCGGGGGCGGCCGGAGCUGCGCGAUUCCUUGUGUCAGGGACAAGGGGAGCUCAGCAGAGACCCGAACUCGGGGGACCCCGGCCCAGCAGCCGCCGCCGCCGCCCCGGCCCCCCAGGACAACGGCCACGGAUCACACCUAUGAGGUGGUUGGGGAGGCGGCCGGGCCCCGGGGGCCGCAGCCGGGGCCGCAGCCGGUCCCGGACAAGGAGCUGCACUACGCGGAGAUCCGGCUGGGCCCCGGGGCCCGGACCCGCACCAACCCCGGCCUGAAGGAGCCCCCGCGCCCGGCCCGGCCCGACCAGACAGAGUACGCGGCCAUCCGCUGCCCUCCGGACCCCAGGACCUCCCGGACAUCCCGGACCCCCCGGACCUCUCGGACGCCCCGGACGUCCCGGCCCAACCGGCCGGUCAGCAGCAGCGCCGGGACUCUGGUGUGAGCCCGACCGGAGGAGACGGACAGCGGGAGCCCGAGCCCUCCCUCCGAGGGACGGCCAUCCGGGCCGCGGCACUUCCCGGGAGCAGCCCGCUGGAAGCUCAGCCUCCCGGAGAGUCCGGCCCGGGCUGGGAUGGGAGCGGGGCCGGCGAGGAGGUGGGAAAAAAAAAAGGAUGGCAUUUGUU